UUCUUUCCUGCCAUUUGAAUUUUAUAACUGUUGCAUGUCUGGUGGAUUUUCCUUUUCCACCACAUGCGGUGAAGUUCGAAAAUGAGAUGGGAAUCCAAUCAAUAGAAGAAGAAGACAAGCCGCAAAUUUGGAAAAAUUGGUGAGAAAAGCACGUAAUAGAGAGAAAAGGAGGUGGAGUGAUAUUAUUGGUCAUACGAACCUAUGCCACCUUCAAUUGUAUUUGCACACUUCUUCAUUCUGGAACUUUCUUGCUUCUUACAUCUUGCUUCUUGUUCUCCGCAGCCUGGGCUUAAUUAAAUAAGAUUGUGGUUCUCAUUUUGCAAUUCAUUUCACUAUAUUUGUAACAAGAACCACAAGUUAUUUUGUAUUUUCAUACAUUUUGUUUCACUUUCUCUCUACUUUCCUUCACUUUCCCGAGAAAGAAAAAAAAACUUAAACUUUUCUUCAACAUAACAUGGCGGACUGGUCCGGACUCCCGAAAGACCUCCUAGUCCUAAUCGCUAAACGCUUAGAUACCUCCGAUGAUCUUUCUCGUUUCCGCUCCGUCUGCUCCACAUGGCGGUCCUCCGUUGCACCGAAACGCCGCCGUUUCUCCGGCUGUGUUCCGAUGCUCCCGGACGACAACACUAAUAUUUCCACCGAUUCUUGUGGACUCCCCCUAUCGAAAUGCACCGUUUUUCUCGUCCAAUCACCGCAAAGGGCGACCAGUUGGCUGAUUAAAAUCGAAGAAGACACGCAUAAUCAAAAGCGAUUGAUAUAUCCUCUGAAUCGACGCCGUCUUGACUUCAGAAAGGUAUUAGAUGUUCGAAAUCUUAGUAUCUGUGAAAUCGGGCAUGGAUAUGUUCUUAAUUACGUACAUUGCCACCAAAGUUCGAAGGUUGCCUUGAUGCAUAUUGGUAAUAGUAAAAGCGAUUCUGAUGGUUUCGUGUUGCUUACUGUUCAUGUUUCUGGUGAAUUAGCCAUGUUUAAAAGUGGGCAUGAGAAAUGGACAAUAUUACAACACAUGCAGUCUCCAUUCGAUGAUGUGAUAGUGUAUAAAGGGAGAUUUUAUGCGGUUGAUAAUACAGGAACGACUGUAAUUGUUGAUUGUUCAGGUUGUAGUGUGAAUUUAGUUGAAAGUCCUGUGUUUGGUGGUGGUAAGAAGUAUUUGGUUGAGUGCAAGGGUGAUUUGUUGUUGGUUGAUAUGUCUCGUAGGAUUGAUGCUGCCAUAUUUGGUCCAUAUAUGGAUUGGUUGCAACCACCUGUUUAUAAGUUGGAUGAGGAGAGGAAGGAGUGGACUAAGAUGACCGAUUUGAAGGAUGAUUUGUUGUUUUUGGGUGAAGAUUGUGUUUUUUCAGUGUCUGCCAAUAAGCUUGGUGUGAGUAGAGGGAAUUGCAUACUUUUUGUUGAUAAUGUGUAUGGUUCGAGUGAGGAUGAGGCAGAUGAUGAUGCUCAUCGUCGGGUAGGUGUAUUUGAUCUAGAGACUGGUCGUAUUGAGCUGUUAGGAAAUUACCCUGAACUUUCCAAGCUGUUUUGGCCACCUCCUGGUUGGACUUUUUCAAGCAUAGUGGAACAUGACAGAAAAUGCGAGGCUAAUGAUGGACACCAUGGCAGACAGCAAGCUGUAGGAAAGGUAGCAGCCUAACAUGUGUACAGAAAAGAAACUGCAACAUCAGCACAACAGAGCCAGAGGACCAUGAGUAUAUGCAGAUUUGAUGAUGUGGCAACACAGGAUUGGCAAAACAUUUAUGAAGGGAAAGAGAGUGAUAUAAACCUAGGGAAGAAGAAGAAAAUAGAAGAAUAGGCAGUGAGGGAGAGACCCAGCCUCUCAAAAGCUGGAGGAAGAUUGAGUUGUGUUGAUUCUCAGUGGUUAUAUUUUCUGUGAUUUGCUUUUAAUGAAACUAAAUGUGCCAGACAGUUAAUUUGAACAAUCUGUAUUUCAUUUCUCAAGUGUUAAAUACAAAAUCUUUGUUUGUCUUA